GCACGUUGCGCAAAGACCAUUUGACUUAAAGAAAUUAACUGGAGGCGGGAAGUCCAAGAUCCUGAUCUUGCAAUGAAUUCUCCCCUGGCGCUUAUUGCAGAAUUGAGGCUCAAGUGCAGCUUUGCUCUUCCUCAAAAGAAGCCCGCUGGUUUCGGUCUGGCCUGCGGAUGACGCUGCCUGUCUGCACCGACGGAGGGGUUAAAUCUACAUUUGUUCUGGAAAGCUAUCAGUCUUGCCACUGUGUUUGGUGUCAUGGUUGUUUGCACAUAUUUAGAUAGUAUCUGUAAGAAUACCUACUGAAUAUGGCCCUGAUGGAGACCAGUGCCACCUGAGAGGCACUUUCUUCUCAACCAGAAUCUCACUAAUAACAGAAGGCUGAGAGUGGUAUAUCAGUCACUAUGUAUAUUGCUUUUGCACUCCUGAAGUAAACAUGAUGAAAACAGAGUCUUCAGGAGAAAGGUCAACCCUCCGAAGUGCCUCUCCUCACAGGAAUGCUUACAGAACUGAGUUCCAGGCACUAAAAAGCACCUUUGACAAACCUAAAUCAGAUGGAGACCAAAAAACAAAAGAUGAAGGAGAGGCCUCUCAGCAGAGCAGGGGGAGGAAAUAUGGCUCAAACGUCAACAGGAUUAAAAACUUAUUUAUGCAGAUGGGCAUGGAGCCCAGUGAGAGCACUGGAGUUACCCCUAAAACCAGAGGGAAAAGUGGUCCCCUGUCUCCUCAAAGAAUUAGACCCAAAGAAUUUGUGGAGAAGGCAGAUGGCUCAGUUGUAAAACUAGAGUCUUCAGUUUCAGAAAGGAUUAGUAGGUUUGAUACUGUGCAUGGUGGUCCUUCCUAUUCCAAGUUUACUGAAACUCGAAAGAUGUUUGAGCGAAAUGUUCAUGAAGUUGGACAUUCCAAUCGCUAUUCCCCAAAGAAAGAGCGAGUAGUUUCCAAUGAACUCCAAGAUGAGUGGUGUAGCUCUAAGUCUAAUAGAGGCAGUACUGAUUCGUUGGACAGUCUUAGCUCAAGGACAGAGACUAUCUCUCCAACAGUGAGUCAGCUCAGUGCAGUGUUUGAAAACACUGAUUCACAUACUGUAAUAGUAUUAGAAAAGUCAGAAAACAAUGAAGAAUACUCUGUAACUGGUCACUACCCACUAAACCUGUCAUCUACUGUUGCAAAUCUGUCCUCCACUGUUGCAAACCUUGAUGGAUUCAGUCCCUUAAAAGAUGCUAAUGCCUGGUCUUCACCAGCCAAACAAACUACAAGUUCAGUAUCUGCUGAGACCUUUCAGCAAAACAGUACGUCUUCAACAAUAAGAGAAGAAGCUUCUAAUAGCACUUUGCCAGUAUCAAAAACAAAUGAAGAAAUAAGGAAGAAUAAGGAAGCAAGUUUUGAUCCUGUUGAUGUUUGUGCAGCAACUAAAAAAGAAUUGGCCAGCAUUAACAGCGAAAAGCGUGAAGAAUCCUAUACCAGGACUAAGGAAAAAAUAGAUACAGAAGUUUCUUUACAACAAAAAGAACAUUCACAAAAUGCAGAGAGCGCCUGUGUUGGCACUGGAGCUGCAGACAUACCAAGAAACUUGGUAGCAGGUGGUGAUUUUGCAGCAGAUGUAGCUUCAGAUGCUACUGAAUCCCACUAUGAUGAUGCCAGUGGAAAGGAAGUCCAGGAAGACUUGAAUAACUUUCAGAGUUCACAUGUAUAUAUGCACUCUGACUAUAACGUCUACAGGGUGCGAUCAAGGUAUAAUUCUGACUGGGGAGAGACAGGAACAGAACAGGAUGAUCAAGAUGACAGUGAUGAAAACAACUAUUAUGAACCUGAUAUGGAAUAUGCUGAAGUUAUUGGAUUGCCAGCUGAAGAUGAAAUCCCAGCAAACAGAAAAAUUAAGUUUAGCAGUGCUCCAAUUAAGGUUUUCAACACAUACUCCAAUGAAGACUAUGACAGGAGAAAUGAUGAAGUUGACCCAGUGGCUGCAUCAGCUGAAUAUGAACUUGAAAAGCGUGUGGAAAAACUGGAGCUUUUUCCAGUGGAACUAGAAAAAGAUGAAGAUGGACUUGGCAUCAGUAUUAUUGGAAUGGGAGUUGGAGCAGACGCAGGCCUUGAAAAACUGGGAAUAUUUGUCAAAACAGUAACAGAAGGUGGGGCAGCCGAAAGAGAUGGCAGGAUCCAAGUAAAUGACCAAAUUGUAGAAGUGGAUGGAAUCAGUCUGGUUGGCGUUACACAAAAUUUUGCUGCAACAGUUCUCAGAAACACCAAAGGAAAUGUCAGGUUUGUAAUUGGACGAGAAAAGCCAGGACAAGUAAGUGAGGUUGCUCAGCUGAUUAGCCAGACUCUAGAACAAGAGCGUCGCCAGAGAGAGCUCCUGGAACAGCAUUAUGCACAGUAUGAUGCAGAUGAUGAUGAGUUGCAAAUCAAACAUGCAGUUACAGAGGCUGAGAUUCAAAAGCUGAAGACAAAGCUACAGGCUGCAGAGAAUGAGAAAGUGAGAUGGGAACAAGAGAAGACCCAGCUCCAACAGAACAUUGAGGAGAAUAAGGAAAGGAUGAUGAAACUAGAGAGCUACUGGAUUGAGGCCCAAACCCUGUGUCACACUGUGAAUGAACACCUCAAAGAGACUCAAAGCCAAUAUCAGGCUUUGGAGAAGAAAUAUAACAAAGCAAAGAAAUUGAUCAAGGACUUUCAGCAAAAAGAACUUGACUUCAUCAAACGCCAGGAAGCUGAGCGAAAGAAAAUAGAAGAACUGGAGAAAGUGCACCUUGCAGAGGUUCAAGGCUUACAAGCUCGCAUUAGAGACUUGGAAGCUGAAGUUUUCAGGCUGUUGAAGCAAAAUGGGAGCCAGGUUAACAAUAACAACAACAUUUUUGAAAGACAGACGUCUUUUGGAGAAGUUUCCAGAGGAGAUCCAGUGGAGACCCUCGACGUAGAGCCAGUGUCUCGCCUGGAUGGCUUAAGUCAAGAAGGAGCUGUUAAGGGUGGAGAUCCCGAUGAUGUCUUUGAUUUCAAUGAAGCAGUCCCAGAAACAGAGAGACUGGACUCCAAAGCACUGAAAACUCGAGCCCAGCUUUCAGUAAGGAACAAACGGCAGAGACCUACUAGAACAAGGCUCUAUGACAGUAUCAGUUCAACUGAUGGAGAGGACAGCCUUGAACGAAAGCCUUCAGACAGUUACAGUAGUCCCAUGCACAUUUCCAAAUCACUUCUGCCCAUAUGUGUGAGAGCAUCCUCACCAGCAUCAGAUUCUGGUGCUUCCUCCCUCUCCCCAGUGGCUAGCAGUGCAGCCUUCUCAUUUGACAACGUAGCUGAAAACCAAGAAGGAGGACAGCAGCACAAAGGAGGUGUGCUUUCCCAUUAUGCUCAGGGAGACACUCCACUUUCCUCUCCUUCAAAAUCCAGUCACAGUUCUGAAACAUCUCCUUUGCAUCACCCAACCAACAGGAAUGUUUUACAAGACAAAGAUAUCCUGUGUGGUCACACAGGUCCCCAAUCAUCAAGAGCAACCAGCCCUACUAUGGGGCAGGCAGAAAAAAUAAAGCGAAAGCUUGUGGAUCUUGGGGCUCCCUUGAGAAGGAGUUCCCACAAGGUCAAGAAAUGGAAAGAGAGAGAAGUCAUUAGAGUGGCCUAUGGCACCAGCACCACUCGAGAGCUGCUGGAGAGCUCAGCAAGCAGUGCAUCUAUGUCAGAGCAAUCCUCCUCUCUCCCCUAUAGCAUACCAUUCACAUGGUAUGGAGGGAGUGGCAGGGGAUCCAAUUCUUCCAGCAACCUGCCUUCAUCUAGCAGCUCAACUGAACCAUCCUCUGAAAAUCUAAGUCCAGCUAAAAAAGGGUCCAAGAAUUUCACAUUCACUGAUGACUUCAGUCCCAGCAGCACAAGCUCAGCUGAUCUGAGUGGUUUAGGAGCAGAACCGAAAAACCCUGGUUUCUCUCAUUCCUUAGCAUUAUCAUCAGAUGAGAGCCUGGAUAUGAUUGAUGAUGAGAUCCUUGAUGAUGGACAGUCUCCUAAACACAGUCAGUGUCAGAAUCGUGCUGUCCAGGAAUGGAGCAUACAGCAAGUUUCCCACUGGUUAAUAAGCCUCAACUUUGAACAGUAUGUUUCUGAAUUCACCGCCCAAAACAUUAAUGGAGAGCAUCUCCUUCAGCUGGAUGGGAGUAAGCUUAAGACCCUUGGUAUGACAUCUUCCCAGGACAGAGCAAUCAUUAAAAAAAAGCUAAAGGAAAUGAAAGUGUCCAUCGAGAGGGCUCGAAAAGCUCAAGAAAAAAUGGAAAAGCAAAGGGAAAAGCUUAGGAAAAAAGAACAAGAGCGGCUUCAAAGGAAGUCAAAGAAACUAGACAAGUCUUCAUCAGAUGCAACAGAGGGCGCUAAUGAACAAUGAUGAGCCAGAACUACUCCUAUGUUAGUUCAUGUGGAGAUGUUUCAGGCAAAGAAACUCAAGUUGUCUACAGUACCCCUCCCAUUUUCUUGUGGUCAUUACACAGGAAUAUGUACACAAAUAUGAUGCUAUAAAUAGAGCGAAUAGGGAAGUUUAUAUUGUUUGGCUACAUUUUCCUGCAGAUACAAUACAUGCUCUUAUUUUUGAUCUGCUGAACAAUCCAAAACCAUUAUUUUAUUUUAUUUGUUGUUAUUUGCAAGCCAGGUAUCCUAUUUUGGAGAAACAUUGAGGGGUUUUCCUUUCAAACUGCUAUUUUGUAUUGGGCUGGUUGUGUUUGGUCACAUUGGUAACUAGUGUGACAAAGAGGGAUGUGGUCCAUUGCAUCACAACCACAUUUUGAACAGGAUCCUUGGUGGUAGAUUGCAAUGAUCAGUGGAGAUUUUUGAAUUUGGGUAACUGGAGUUGUUCCCACAUCUGUUACCAUUGACUCAUCUUUCUAACUGGAAUCUCAACUUUUUUACACGAUUCUGAUAUUUAGUUCUAUCUGCUGGAACAGGCAACAGCUCGCAUCAGUACCUUGAAAUGCCGCCAUUUUGCAAACUCAGUUGUUCAGUGACUUAUAAUGAUAUGCUGGAGAUAAGGACAGGAGAGUCAUUAUUCUUUCUGGGCAAAAGAGGGGACGUUGACACUCUUGUGAUCUGUACAGUAAUUUAAUACGAGAAGAAGGCAAAGCUGCUUUACAAGGGGUUCUGAGGGUAACAUUUAUCCUCCCAAUAUCUGAGCAAGGCUGACUUUCUAACCCUGGCACAACAGAUAGUGUACUCUAAAGAUCUGGUCAUUGUGCUCAUGGGGUGUACAGAUAAACUUUCCUGUAACACAUUAUAAGCUUCCUUUAUAAACAGAUUCUGAAAAAAAAAACUGGGUGUUUGGAUGGGGUUGUAUUUUUAAGGAAAAUACCACAUCUUCAGAUUCCGUCUCCACUGAGUGCUGGGGGCAGCAAUCCUUGUGCUCUGACCUGCAGAGCUGUGAUCUAAUCACAACUGCUGUCUGCUGAAAUGAUCUCCAAAUCUGAGCCUGCUAAAGGCUUUCAGUUUUCAGUGAAGUGCAAUUAAAAAAAAAAAAAAAGAAAGAAAGAAAGAAAAUGCUGUUCAAAGAAAAACAAGGUUCACUAAUAUUGAGGCCAACUAAUAUUGGCUGCAAUAUGGAAGAAGACUACUAAAUGCAAAGCUGUCAUGCACUAUCUGUUUUCAAUAGAGUGUCCUGAGGACACCCCCCACUAAAAAUUCAGUCUUGAGGCACACUUUGCAGAAUGUUUGGAAUGCUUAAAUUGGCUGUUGUGCUACAUACUUCAGAGAUUUCUCGUAUAUAGAUAUGUCUGUUAAUGAAGCAAACAGUAUAGUCUGACACUGUGUGGUAUUAGUGUCCUAGCAGCCUCUUUUUAAAUUUUCAUUAUUUCACCAAAUGAAUUGGAGGACAAUGAAGAAGCUUGCAUAAUGGGAAGAUGAAGAUAUUACAUUAUUGCUUUAUAGUCAAUGCUUACUGUGUAGUAGCAUUUAUAGGUUAUAGCAACAUCCGUUCCCUUCAAUGCAUUCCAUAGGUAUUGACAUAAGUACUAAUCUCUGUAGUCCGUCAUACCAGGAGUUAACUCUUGUUUUGUUAGUUAUUGAUGCAAAAUUAAAAACUUGGAGUUUCAUCAGACUGAAAGUUAACUGCACAUGCUGAAUGAUUUUUAAAGGGAUUUUUUUCCCCAUCAUAUAUUUUGACAUUUAUCCUUUUUUUUUAAGCUCUUCUGAAGCUCAGAGUUCUGGAAUGUCUUAACUGGGAUGCUAUGCUCAUGUUAGCUAACAUUUGUCAAAAUUUCAUUUUAAUAAUAAUAGUAUUUUUACCUGUAGAAAGCUCUGUAAAUAGAUACAACUUAGUUCAUUCCAUACGAAUAAUCUGACAAAUCUACUUAGUAAUGGCUUCCUUUUUGUUUCCAAAUCUACUUUCUACAUGUUUCUAGUAUAUAUUUCAUUGAUCUAUAGACAUAAAGUAAUGAAACUGCUGUGAAGGAGACUCUAUUAAAACAGCGCUGAUAUUUCUGGUAGGUCUUAGUGUUUCCUAAUGCUGCCAUAGAGAAAAAGAGGAGAAAUAUAAUUGUGGGGAGAAAUCAUCUCUUCAGUUGAAUCUUUCUAUCUCCUUUCUAGGAGACAAAUUAUACUACAGUGUCAUGGCGACCUGGUGAAACUAAUGCUCAGUUAUUUUAGGAGCUUAUGAAGUUAUAUUUAGGUAAGAGAAAGUUAUCUGGAAGAAACUGGAAAUGUACUAUUUUAAAUACAAUGUUGAUUAAUGCAUUAGAUUAUUUUCUCCUUAAGUUAUGUUUACAUGAUGGUAAUGUUUUAAGUGGUUGUACAUAAUAGACUGUAGGCGUGUUCCUAUUUAUGUUCUUUGUUUUCUUAAAAGUCCAAGGCAGACUACUGUGUGUGUUAUGCAUUGAUUUUUCAUUCUUGCUCUUUAGAGCAGCGUCUAGUUAACCUCGUUGUAAAUCAGGUUCUGAUUCUGCAGAUAGCUAAUUUGAUUUGUGCUAGUAAUUAUUGUUUUUACUGUUUUAUAGAAACUUUAGAGCUAAAUGGUGAAUUUAAACUUUUUGUAAUUCUUUGAGUUUAAAAUCUAACUUCAAAAAAUAGAUUUAAUCAGUUAAAAAUAAAAGUAUAAAAUGCAAAGUGACUAAUGAAAACAAAGUGGACCAAGCAGUAUCUGAGUUCUGCUCUGCCUUCUGUGAUAAGGUAUAUUUUUAAGAUUCCUUUUUAUUAAAGAUAGUCAUUGAUGUAUGACACACACACAGUCAUGUCACAAUCACAGCGGUUUGUGAUCAAUACAGUUUGAGUGGUUUCUACAAAACCAUAAAAGGUUUGUCACAAUUCUCAUAUUGAGACAUGAUAUGCAUUUGCCCAUUAUAUAUCUAAUUCAAAACUCAUAAUGCCUUUAACCACCUCACUGUAGGCAUCCCCUAAGAACAAUGCUAGUUUAGAAUAGUGUGUUACCACUAUCAUAAGAAGGAAGAGAAUGAACAAAUAUCCUGUACUGAAUGAAUAGAUGAAUCUUCUGCUCCCAGCCUAGCUGGCAGGGUAUCUUCCACAAAUGUGAUUCCAAUAAGCUACUUCUGUGGCUUCCUGAUCCCUGGACAUCCAGUCACCAGUCCCAAUGAGUAAUUUAGAGCAGUCUCAGGUAUUCUGUAAGGUGUGCUAGCUUCCUAGGGGCUAUUCUGCAGCCUGGUGUCCCUGGAGCACAUCUACACUCUGGCCAUAUUCUUUCUAAUUCAGCCAUACAGCCUAUGCCAGCUGUACCCCAGUUAGUUAUUCUCCUGUGCUGGUGCACUCACAGCUAACUGGUUAGGUAGCGUUCACCCUGUUUUGUAUGUGGUAACUGAGUUCUGGAUCUGCCAGUGCCAAUAGGUUUGGCAGCCCUAGUCUAUGUACAUAUGCACAUCUUCUAGCUGUGAAAAGACUGCGAAAGACUGAAUGAAGGAGGCAGAGUGGGAUUUUUAAGAUGUAGAAAAUAGAAGAUUCAAAGGUGCUCUCAUAAUUUUAGCCCCAGAAAAGCCAAUGUCUGCACUGAAAUCCAGCAGUAGCAUUGAAACCGUUCUGGAGCGAAAGGCCAUGGUUUGUUCUGUACAAACUGCCAAAUAUAUAUGGGUCUCAUGCCCCAUUGCCUGGUACCUUGUGGAGCCAUUUGCAUCUGGGCAAGUGAGUGCUAAAGCUGUCAUUCUGAUUAGGUGGUGUUGGACUCCCACUGUGUACCAGUGUAAAUGAUUACACGAAGUGCAAAGCAAUGAGGAGCUCAGCCCAUUUAAUGUUGCAUAAUGCAGAUUAGUAUUGUCCACUGGUUUCUGCAUUUCAUCUGCCUGCCUUAGCAGAGCUAAUGAUGUUCAUGUACAUAAAGCCCAUCACAAUUAAUGGAGUAAAACUAAAUAAUGGAGCAAAAAAGUAACAAAAGCUGUACAGAGCUGGGUUAUGUUUAUAUAUCAGCUUGGGUAGGUGCUUUUAUGUCAGUAACCAUUUAUUGUGCCAUGAUGGAGCUGAGACAACGCUGCAUUUCUAAGCGAGAGUGUUCACAGGAUCUAGAGUAGCAUUUCCCAGAAGCCACAUCAGUCCUCAAUUCCCAUUGAUGUUAGUGGGAAUUCAGGAUGUUUAUCAUCUGGCAGCCUCGGGUCUCAGCACAUCCACUGCGCGUACAAGCACCAGCUGCGAUCCAUGCAACUCAUCAGCAAUUGCUGUUUAGAGCACACACAGUUGAGACAGGCAACCAGAGGCAAUGAUGCCUCACCACAGAAGCUCAUCUGCUGAUGUGUUCCUUAGGAAAUCAAAGAAGGCAUAGGUAGCAGUAUCAUGUUGUGUAUGUGGGGCUGGGAUAUACUGUUCUAGUCUAGUAUCCUGUGCUAUGGAUCUGAAAAUCAGAAGGAAAGUUUUUUGUGUUUGCAUAGCCGUAUUUCUUUAAAAAGUAUCUUAAAAGAGCAAUUUGUACAGGGUGCCAGAUCUGAGAUUUAAGGACCGUUUUCAAAAACAAGGUUUAUGUGUCAAUUCCUUAGCAGUGUUUUCAAAUGGAUAGAAAAAUUUUGUGUCUGAGAGGGAGACAAGCAAAAUGAUGUUGUUUUGGGACCUAAUCCUGUUCCCACUGGAGUUUUGUCAUUGAGCGCAGUGGAGGCAGGAUUGAGCCUUUUAAUAGCACUUAUUUAAGUCCUGUGCUGUAACUCAGCUAGAGAGCAGGCAAACUGGUUUAUAGCUUUUGUCCUGUAAGCUUUCAAAUCUCAGAAAAUCCAUAACUUGGUCCAAAAUGCUGAAAAAUAGAAAGUUGGUUGAAUAAGACAGGACAUAUUUGAGCAACUUGGAUGUCUUUAACAGUUCAAAUGAAAGGGGCAGAGUUCACCGAGAAUUUUUUUUUUCAAUGAUUCAGAAUAAUGAAAGAAAUUAGCAUUUCUAGAAAUGAAAAUGAUUAAGCGAUGGGGCUUGUGGUUUGCUUUUUAACAAAUACUUUUGCAUUUUUGUGUGUACGUAAACAUACACAAACUUACACACUGUAUUGAAGAGAUUAGUAGCAGUUAAUAUGUAGGUAAUUGUGAGUUUUAGGGCUACAUGCACAUAAGACGCACAUCAAGGGUUCUGAUAACAUCAUAAGAGCAAAGCUCUAGCAGUUUGUACCAGUUGUAUAAUAACUCCGAUGUGUGUUUAGCCUCACUCACAGUUUUCGUGUUAUGUUUUAUAUACUUGAUGGAUCACAAGAUUUUAAACAAAAAAAUUUAUUAAAACCAUAUACAGACUGUUCCUCUGUACAUUUCUCUGCAUGUUGUCUUUGUGUUCUUUUGGCAGGAUAGAAAUAGUAUUACAAGAAGAAAAACUUUUUGUACAUUUUGUAAACUUAGCUUAGAUGUCUAUUGGAGAGCUUUGAGCAGUUGAUUAUGGGGCAGGAUUGUGAUGUCAGAAGUGACUCAUCCAGUCACCACACAAUUAGCUAUACAUCAGGUGCAUGUUGCACAGUCCUUUUCAUCAAAGCUCUGUAUAUGUUUUAUUGCAUUUUCGCACAUUUUAAAAACUGUCCUAUUUGAAAGCUGUGAUAUCACAGUCAUGAAACUGAGCCCUCAGAUUCCCUCCUGGUCCUAAGACAGGCCUUCUUUCACUACCUGGCAGUGGGACUGCCAGUAAAUAAUGACUAAAGGGACGUGUAUGUCUUGUUGGGAGGUUUUGCCUUUAGCUCUUUGUGCUGCUUGUUUCUUUCGGAAGUUGGGACUCUUUAUUAGGCACAAAUCUCUUAAUUUAUCCAGCUUAAUCCUGUGCGGUGUUAAGGGCUUUCAGCACUGUUUGGCUUUGGAGGAAGGUCUCAGCAUUUUACAGGAUCAGCCCCAAACUGAGCUAAAAAAGGGGCCUAAUCCUGCUACUGUUUUCAGUGUGAGUUUUGCCAUUGACCACAGUGGGAGCAGACUGGGGUGUAAAUGCGGGAAGACUCACGAUAUUGAUGAAGCGUCCAGAAGAAACAAGAAUUACGUGGCACAAAAGACAAUAAGGAACAAAUAAGCCUCCUCAAAUGGAGAUGACAUAGUGCACAGUGAACCUCCUCAAAAUAUAUUUGCUUUCCCUGGUGCAUUUACUGUCGUAACUACUGCUUUUGUAUUUUUCAGUGAUGUUGCACUUAUAAAUCACCGGUAACUAACAGGUGUUAUACAUAUUGCUAAAAGACUGGGCAGCUAAAAAACUGAAAUGCACUGUGUGCCACUGUAAAAACUGGCUUUUUAUUAUUUCUUUUUAUCUUAGCGAGGGAGAUGGUUGUGUUUCAGAAUUUUUUUAACGUCAAAUGUGUAUGAAUUGCAUGUAAUCCUGGACUUUUCAUUUGUACAUCUUGGUGUCUAAUCAUCUGCAUGGAAGAGACAGUAGUGCCCUGUCUGAGCUUGUUCUCUUGUGCUUGGUUAAUAUGUACUUCUCUGAAUUGUUGAGUUUCCAAAAACAACAUUCCUUUACAUUUGGUUAUUUGGAGGCAUUCAAAGCAAAACAUCAUGGUGGCCCUUUGUUUUCUUACAGAUUUAAAAAAAAAACCAGUCACCUUUGAUUAAAAUUAAUUUGUUAGUGUAAAUACAUUUCUUGCCAAUGAGUAUUGUUAGACAACGAAUGCAAUAAAAAGAGAACUACUGAAA